ACACUACUCUCCACAAACUUUACCACUCUGAUUGCAUUUCUCUCUUUCUCUAACACAAGGUAAGGGAGUGUAAACAUGGAUUCUACCAAAAUUUCAGCUUUCCUCUUCCUUUGCAUGAUCUUCAUUUCCUCAGCCGCCCCAACUCUUGACUGUGGUUCUUGUGGCAAGCAUCCAAAGAACAAACACCCUAAGACUCCUAAAGCUCCUAUUACACUCCCUCCACUUCCAGUUCCUCCAAUUGUGAAGCCACCAGUGACUCUGCCUCCACUUCCAGUUCCUCCAAUUGUGAAGCCACCAGUUACACUCCCUCCUGUGACACUCCCUCCUGUGACAGUCCCUCCUAUCACAGUUCCUCCGGUGACUACAAAACCACCAAAGGGAAAGCCAUGCCCUCCACCUCCAUCACCCAAGGAUACAUGCCCUAUUGAUACACUAAAACUUGGUGCCUGUGUGGAUCUUCUUGGUGGGCUAGUGCACAUUGGCCUUGGUGAUCCAGUUGUGAACCAGUGCUGCCCAGUUCUUAAAGGACUUGUUGAACUUGAAGCUGCAGUCUGCUUGUGCACCACUCUCAAAAUCAAGGCUCUUAACCUCAAUAUCUAUGUCCCGCUUGCUCUUCAACUCCUUGUUACUUGUGGGAAGACACCUCCUCCUGGUUACACUUGCUCUCUCUAGAUCCAAGUUGCCUAGCUGAUCCAUGGAUGAUAGAUUCGACAUGAAAGGAUGUCGAGCCUGAUCCCUCUUCCUUUCUCACUCACUCGCUCUCUUUCCUGUUUCUGAUGUCUCCUCUCUUUAAUUUUCUUGAUUGGUAUCAAUUAUGUUUGGCCAUAUUGUACACCAUUUAUUGUUUUUUUUUUAAUUAUUAUUGUUGUCAAAGAUUAAUGAUGCAUGUGUGGUUUGUCUUAGACAAGGCAGCAAUCAAGAAUAUGUUUCUCUCUCAUUUCAAAAUCUUACUGGAUUCUCGAUUUGUUA